CACACUCAAAAGUGGAACCGCGCGUGACCUCAUUUCCGGCGGAAGCUGUAAAAAGAGGUUCCGGUAGAGUGUACGGUUGAUUGGAAUUCAGUGACGAAGUGGAAGAUGUCUCACACAAUCUUGCUUGUUCAGCCAACAAAGAGGCCCGAAGGAAGAACAUAUGCAGACUAUGAAUCUGUUAAUGAAUGCAUGGAAGGGGUUUGUAAAAUGUAUGAAGAACACUUAAAGAGAAUGAAUCCGAACAGUCCGUCCAUAACCUAUGACAUCAGUCAGUUGUUUGAUUUUAUUGAUGACUUAGCAGAUCUUAGCUGUUUGGUGUACCGUGCAGACACUCAGACAUACCAGCCCUACAAUAAAGACUGGAUCAAAGAGAAGAUUUAUGUUCUGCUCCGUAGACAGGCUCAGCAAGCCGGCAAAUAGGGAGGCAGUGAGGCGAGCUGAGGGUGUUUUGUUUUGUAAUAUAGUGGUUUUGUGUUUUCUUUAUGCUUUAGGGGACAGAGUUUUAGAUCAAAUUUGUCAUAUGUUGAAUGCGUUUCCUUUUUUUAUUCAACCUUGUUUGAGCCAACCAGUUUGUCUGGUUGUGCAAUCCCCCCUACCAGUCACUGUACAGUUCAGCAGCAUUGGCGGUGUAGCGCUAGACUGCUCAGUGAUCUUGGCACCCCCCUUGUUUUGGAAAGUUAAGUUAUGCCCUACAACAGUUAUUUUAGAAACCAUUAAUAAAAUCUUAAGUUGAUAGUUAAAA